CACAUAUUCUCAAACAAAUAUGAGAAUUUUGCCCAAUCUAAAAAAGUGUCUCCCCAAAGCCCAUCAUUGCCGUAGACUGUGAAGUGUGGUAGACUGUAGAGAGUGUGGAAGAAAGAGGACGACGACCCAGAAGAAAAGGAUCCUGCUGUGAUAGUCUUUGUAGUCAGACAUCUACAGAGCCUUAACAUGGCAUCAGCAUGCAUAUUAUCCACACCAUCCUCAUCUUCAUCAGCGUCUUUUCUUCUUCCCUCAGAGUUGCUUCCAAGCCGCGCAGUGAAACCCACCUCGCUUUCUUGGGCAUCUUCCUUUCCCAAGCUUGGCAUCUUUGGCUUUGUUUCCAACACAAGCCCACCAAUCCCCACACUCAAAAAGGAUUCUUUCAUUCAAGCUGCCUGGACCCGGAGAUCUCGAGGUGAGCUUGCUAAAAGGCCUAAUAGGAAAUCAUGGAAGCAAAGGACAGAUAUGUUCAUGAGGCCGUUUUUACUUAAUGUUUUCUUUUCAAAACGAUUUAUCCAUGCCAAAGUAAUGCACCGGGGUACCAGCAAAGUUAUAUCUGUUGCUACUACAAAUUCAAAGGAUCUGAGGCAUUCAUUACCAUCACUCACUGAUCACAAUGCCUGUCGAGUUGUAGGGCAACUAAUUGCGGAGAGGUCCAAGGAAGCUGAUGUAUUUGCAAUGUCUUAUGAGCCUAGAAAGGAUGAGAGAAUUGAGGGUAAACUUGGGAUUGUCAUUGAUACCAUUAAGGAAAAUGGGAUUAUAUUUGUUUGAAAGCUUUUUUUAGUAUUAGACUGCUACCAGUACUAUAUUUUCCAUCUUCCAGUAUAAACUGUCUCACUAGCAAUUGUUUUCCAUUUUCCAGCUGAUGUAUUUGCACAUCAACAAGUUUUUAGUUUCUUCCAA